GCGACGGCCAACACGCCAAAUUCGAGGCUUCAAAACAUCAGUCCACAAACCAACGGGUGACGUCACGAUGACGACGCCCACUUCUUACAUAUAGUUUAUUAACAAAACAAACAAAUUGAGGAUAUCCCGGUGGGCUCUAAGAAAUUGUGAAUGCCUAUAAAAAAUGAUUAAGCAAGGAAAUAAUCUGCUAAUUAAUACAAUCGUUAGUUGCAGUUCUACAAAAAUACCUGUAUCGACCCACACCAACCUGUUUCAAAUCCCCCCCGCUCUCUACAGUUGUGGUUUUUCAACCUGUGUGAAGUGUCUCGACAUCUCUCCAACAUCCAAGAUCAAAGACCCGAUGGCGGCAUCGACAGCAACUCUGUUGCCAGUUAAAGCGAAGAAGGCCGCCACCAGCCCGAGCUCUUAUCCGACCCGAAGAUUAAAGACCAGACUUACAGUAUCUGUCUGUUCUCCUUCAAGUGGGGCGAACUCGUGGAGGGCCUAUUGAUCUGGUGUUUGUGGAGAAGCACCCUUUAUGACUGGACCUAUAGGUGCUGUCUGGAGGAGACUGAGGGCUCAAUCAAUAUCUACCUGCAUCUCUUCGAUUCCCUUCCAUCUUCUCACCUUACUUACUCUCUCCCUCCCAUGUGUGACUCCUUUGAUAAUCCUCCUUCUGAAAUACAGAAUACAAAACCACCCCAAAAAAAAUGCCCGCGUCCAGCUCGGGAUCUAUUUUCUCCACGUGCAGAGAACGAAUCUGACAAGAAAGCACACAGAUAAUCUAUUAUAAAUGAUACGUUCUCUCGUUUGGAUGACUUUACAUAGAAAACAAUCAGCGUGGUUGUUGUGACGUGCCACUGGUGUGUGCUUUUGUAGUGUUGCUCCAACGUUAAUUCAUCAGAAGUAGGUGUGGAAAUGACUGCACUCACUGAAAGGUGGCCACCAUUAUGUCUGUAAGAGGCCACACUUUCACCUUAUCUAGUGGGGGGGGGGGGUCACAGCCUAGCAACACUGGGUCUGAGCAUAGCAACAGCAGAGUCGGUCCAGGGUUUCGGUAAUUGGACCUUUUGACUCAGUGCCAGAGGAGCAAAUACAGACAUACGUCAGCACAGGGGUGCAUGUAGUGCAACAGCCUGCCAAAAAUAUGCAUGUUUGAGAGAAAAAGCACCCGGUUUAUUUGAGUGUUUUUGCAGUGUCUCCGUUAGUAUAAUACAUAAUGUGAUGCUAUACAACGCUUUCCGCUCCCUGCAUGCUGAACUGUCCUUGGGAAGGCGCAGUAUAUAUGUGUGCGUACAUGUAUGUAUGAGGAUCAUUGUGGGUGUGUGUGUGUGUCACGGUGUGUUCAUGUGCCCCAGAGGUGUGUGAAGAGUCUCCACUCAAGGUCAUAUCAUCUUCUUAUAGAGACACAGAACAUUAACCAUCAAGGCACCAUCUUGUCAGAAUUAAUUGACAACCAGCUGGAAGUCCUCUUAAGUGAAAGGUCGAUGUCGGCAUGAUGAAUUUUGAAGCACUGGCAUCGGCGUCAUUGUGGUGGAAAUAAAGAAGUCACAACAUGGGGGAUGUAUCGCCAAUUGGAAGUAUAAAUGGACUGAUUAUACCAAGAUGAUGCAGUUAGAGAGAGAAACGGGCGGGAGGAACUGUGGACUGAUUAGAGAUGGCGUAAUGGACGCGGGCGGAGAGUACAUCACGAGACAAGAAAUGGACGGCUAACAAGAGUAGUGGAGAGGAUGUGUACUGUACAAAUAAUAAUUAGAUGUACUCUAAUCUAAUGUAGUGGAAGGAUGGGAGUCUUAAGUGCACUGCAAACAAAUCUCCAUCACAUCAAUCCCUAUCGUCCCUAAUUGAGCCCUAAAAGUCUUGCUAUAUAAAAACACGUAAUCAGAAAUCUGCAAAGAAAGGGAGAUUAUUUCAACAUGUGUCCUAUAUGGAUAUAGUUCUUUUACUAUUUUUGCUAGAAAUGGGAUGAGAAGAUGUUUUUAUUACUUUAAAGGUGCAAUAUGUGAUACCUGGCCACGUGCUCCAGAGAAAUAACAGGCAGCAUUUCAACUCUACUUCCUGGUCCAUACAAUCUAAACUUACUGUCAUCAGUUAUUAAAGAAAAAAAGAAUACGCGAAAUUCAACCUAAAUGCUCAAACCCUGAGAGCCGGUCACAAUAGCUGCUAUCUUAUAAUGUUCAUUUGUAGCUGUCUCGGGUUUAUUGGGCCACUUCCAUGUAUGUUUCCAUAAUUUGGCAGAAAACAAUACGUAUUUUUCGUUAUAAAUACAAGGUGUCCACUUUGGAUUUAAUCCAGCAAACAAACUAUUAAAGUUUGUGCACGAGUGCAUCUCUACUUCUUCGUUCUCUCUUGGACUGAAGGCAGACUGGACGCUGCAGUGACUCGCUAUCGCCUCUCAAAGUUCAAGUGUUAUUACAAGACAGGACUAGCCGGGGCUAGUGUUGUGUAUAGGAAGAAGCUAGCAGGGCCUAGGAUGGAUCCCUGAGGAACCCCACAUUAGAUACAGCUAGAAAUAAUGAAAGAAUACCCAAAUUGACUGAAAAAGACCCGUAUAAUUAACACCAGUGUGAAGCUGUGACAUUAUUGCCAACCACGUCUUGAAGGCAAUUAAUUCAGACGGCGUGAUUGACGCGUUUUAAAUGCCACGAGAUCCAGAAGAAGUAAGAUAGCGCCUUCAUCAAAGACCCAAACGGAUAUGUUUUCUCUUUUUUUGCACAUUGCAACCUUGAAUUCUUUGUUAUUGUUAUCUUUGUUCCGUCUUAAAAAAAGCCACUAAAAAGAUCUUUAUCAUGAUAACAGACAUGCUGAGGGAGCGAGGCUUGUGACAAAGACGGUUAGAAAAUGUGAGAGGGCGAAACAUGAGGUCGACGGUGUCACUGAUGCUGCUGGGUGUAAUCAGUGGGACACACUAACAUAGACACACGCAUCUUCUGCCUCGCUUUCACCGCUUUUACAUUCUGCUCAUGUUCUCAGCUUCACUGUAAAUGUACACCAGAGAAGAAAGAAAGGGGGCUUGGUGACAGAAAGGGACACAAUGAGAAGGGGAGAGGAGGAGGAGGAGGAGGAGGAGGGUGCAGGAAAGCAAAGAGGAAUUGAGGGAAGGAGACGCUGGGGGUGAGUGAGUGGAAGCGCUCAUUAAUAAGGAUUUAAAGGAUGUGAUGAGAGGAUAGUGAGCGAAGCAGACAGCGUUUUUGCAGGACUGAGGGAGGGGAGGGAGGCUGAUGCGAGAGAAAGAAAGAGAUGGAUGGGAGGGGACAAGGGAGUCAAAAAAAAGGAGGUGAGAGUUGGACAGUAGAGAAGCAACAUCACCGGUCAACUGUGCACGUAUUGAUCCACGACAACCAGGUGGUUUUAUCCGCCGGCAGCCACACAAGAAGAAGAAAGAAAAUAAAAGAGGAUUGCUGUGUUCUGCCGACCGCCGGAUGAAGAGUGUGUGAGAGCACUCCAGCUGAGCGACACAACACGCACAUCACACGCGAGAUGAACACAUUCAGUUUGCAAGAGAGCCGGCGCUGCCAGCGAAACCUCCUCCUGCUACUUUCAGUCGCUGCCAGUUGUUGAGUUGAGAUUUAGACGCUGUUUGAUGUAGACCAGAGGCAGCGUUCGAGACGCAGGUGAAGCACUUAUCAGGUAGUGCGUUUGCUUGCUUGCUUGCUGUACAUCUGUGCUUGGAGACCGGCUGUUUAUGGUAUAUAGAGAUACGCCAGCAGAAGAGGAUCUAAGGAUAUUCGAGUGCCAGAGAGUUUGUGAGCAUGACUUGAAAUCUGGAGGGAAGAAAAGAAGAUUUAAAGACAAACUCCCGGAGAAGCAACACCCAGAAAAUUCGCAGAUCUCGUGGGGGAAAUAUCUGAGAUCCCCGGGAGUCAAGAUGUGGAUUAGGGGAUGAGUCCUGAGGGGGAGCCAAGGAGGCAUGAGGUUGUGGAGGGUGAGAGGGCAAGAAUGGGCCGCUCCUACCCUGUGCCACGUCCGGCUGCCUCGGCGUGAGCAUGCAGGUCCUUCAGAUCGUCAAGGAGCUGGUGUCGCCCUCCAGACGCAGGGCAGCGGCCAGAUUUGGAGCGUCUGAUCAGGAUGCGGCGGUGAAACUUGACCAGGAGCGGGCCGAGAUCGUCGCCAAAUAUGACAAGGGAAAAGAAGCCAUCGUGGAGCCCUGGGAGGACACCAACUUCCACCUCUACAAAGUCAUCGACCGCUUUGGCUUCGUUCAUAAGAAUGAACUUCCAUCCUAUGACUCAGUGGAGGAGAAGCAAAAACACGUGGAGGUGGAGAGGACCGGGAAAUGGCUGAAGAUGCUGAAGAGUUGGGACAAAUACAAGAACAGCGACAAGCUGGUCAGGAGGGUCUAUAAGGGAAUUCCCCUGCAGCUCCGAGGGGAGGUGUGGUGUCUGCUGCUCGAUAUUCCCAAAAUGAAGGAGGAGAAGAAAGACUUCUACGAGAAACUAAAAGCCAGAGCCAGAGGACUCUCCCCAGACAUCCGUCAGAUCGACUUGGAUGUGAACCGCACCUACAGGGACCACAUCAUGUUCAUGCAUCGCUACGAUGUCAAGCAGCAGGCUCUCUUCCACGUCCUCACAGCCUACUCCAUCUACAACACGGAGGUGGGCUACUGCCAGGGCAUGAGUCAGAUCACAGCUCUGCUGCUGAUCUACAUGAACGAGGAGGACGCCUUCUGGGCUCUGGUCAAGCUGCUGUCUGGACAGAAGCACGCCAUGCACGGGUUUUUUAUCCCCGGCUUCCCGAAGCUGAUGCGUUUCCAGGAGCAUCACGACCGCGUCCUCAGGAAGACGAUGCCCAAACUGAAGCAGCACCUGGACCAGCAGGAGGUGUUAACCAGCCUCUACACCAUGAAGUGGUUCUUCCAGUGCUUCCUGGACAGAACUCCCUUCACUCUCACCCUCAGGAUCUGGGACAUCUACAUCUUGGAGGGGGAACGAGUGCUGCCCACUAUGUCCUACACGAUCCUCAAACUGCACAAGAAGCACCUGAUGAAGCUGUUGAUGGAGGAGCUGGUGGAGUUUCUGCAGGUGACUUUGGCCAAAGAUUUCGUCUUCGAGGACGACGUUGUGGUGGAGCAGCUACAGGCGUCCAUGACGGAGCUCCGGAGGGCAAAGCUGGAGCUGCCCGCACCAGGUAAAGAAGAAGAGUUUCCCAAGAAGCCUCUGGGGCAGCUUCCUCCCGAGCUGGCCGUGGUGGUGAACCACGUGGCCAACGGUCUGAGCCAUGUCGAGCCAGCCGAGCCUCCCGGGGAACCGAGUUCGGGGACCCCCGUACCAGAGCGCCAGCGGGAGAGUCGGCCCCCCAGCCGGUCGCGCCGGGACUCGCUGGAGAAAUCGAUCCGCCACCACAGGGUUGACAAGAGGGAUGUGCGCUCCAGGGGCUCCGGGGAGAUCCCCCAUGAGCAGAGGAAGCAGUCCGCCUCCACCACACCUGAGAGGAGAGCAACACCACCCUCAGCCCCCACCCCACAGCUCACCAAAGGAGAUCGGGUGAAGCCUCAGAGCCACGCCAUCGCCAACCAUAACACCAAUGCGGGCUCCAGCUCUCACAGAGAAAUCACCCCCCGGUGGUUCAAACCCUCCGACACCAAGCUGGAAGCGGUGAAGGCGGCGGCCCGCGAGGUCCAGCUGAGCAGAGGGGCGUCGCCGGCUCCUUCCAGUCCGGAAGACGGCGCACCGCCCCACCAGCGCCGGCCGCGCCCCAAGGGCUUCAUCCCCGACUCCAACCGCGGCUCCAACGCCUCCCAGUACGACAAUGUGCCGGGGCUGCCAGAGCAGAACUUCGAGAUCCUGGAGCUCGACAGACCUCCGUCCAGAAUGAGGACCCCUCGCAGUGAGACGCCUUUCAGCGUAUCGUCCCUCCAUCAGGGAAGCCCCAGCCUGGCCGGGAGCGUCGUCUCUGUGGCAUCGGGUCCCAGGAUUGUCCAACACCCUCUUCCUCCUGCGUUUUCCCACAACAGUCCAGGAGGAGUCCACGCGGGCUACCCCGGCAGCCAGAGCCAGUACAACAGCACUCCCCAGCAGCACUCCCCAGCCAGAACCACCACCGAAGUCCCCAUCUUGCAUCCCGCCUACAGCGUGAGCCUGGACCACAGAGGAGAGGAAAGACUCUAUGCUCCGCCCUCUCGGCUUACCCCGCCCUCCAACGUGGUGUACGGCGAGCGAGCGUACGCCACCACGCAGCGCCAAAACAACCACCACUCCCCAGAGAAGGCGCUCAUGAACAACUCCUACGCCACAUACCAGCCGCCGCCGCCGAGCUCCAACCGCAACGCCAGGCCUCCCCCGGAGCACUCCACGCCUAUCUACCUGCAGCAACUCACCUCCACCGCACAGGCCUACGCCCCGGUGGACUACGGGUUUGAGGGGCGUCAGAGGAGCGAGGCGGUUCCACACUACCUACCGGAAGGUGGGCCUCGGCGGCCUGUGGACGGGCUCCCGUGGGCACCGGAGGACACUCUGCCCCUUCAAUCCCCGGGCGGGGUGCCACGCUCGCCCAGCUUCCAGCGAGCCCAAAUGUCCCCCGUUCAGGAGUUCGCUUUCCCCCCGAACCCGGACGACCUGCUCCACUACAGGACUCAGUUCCAGAAGCAGCAGCAGCCCGUCGUAAGGCAACAGCUCCCCCAGCUGUUUGGAGGACCACACUACAGGCACGCACAGGAGGCGUUCGCCAUGCAGGAGUCCAUGCUGCUGUGAUUGGACGAUAAGAGAAACGGCGAGACACUGUAAAAUAAACCGAGGUGUAGUCACUGACACUGUGGUAAAGAUGAGCUUUGUUAGGGGCCUGCUUGUGUUCUUUAUGUGUGAAGUACUGACCUUCUGACUGUCCCGCUGCAGGACGCACCAGCCUCCGAAGUUUUUACCGAUCACUUUAAAAAAACUGACUGAAGAUUUUAUUUUAUUUUUGGAUGUAAAUCAUUAACGAGCGCUGACAGUAUAUAUCUUCUAGAGUCUGAUAUGUACAGUGGAUUCUUGUUGUUAAACACGCUGAGUUGUUAUCAGCAGCGAGGGAACGUUCUCCUGAAAAAAAGUCCGAUUUAAUUUUCCAUCUUUAUUUUUGUAUAUGUUACGUUGGAGAUCGGUUCACUCUAAACGCUCGUGAAUGUUAUCUUUCAGAGAGGAAGCAGUAACACUAUGUCCAAUGAUAGAGUAUUGAUCUCCAUUGUGCAGCGCCGCCACAGUAGAACAAGCAGGGUUUAUUUUUUUUAUCUUUACAGUUUCGGUGAGUUUAUUCCCGAUUAACUGAUUCAUCUCUCGUACACGCGUGAAGUUGGAUAUUUAAAUGCGUUUCAGGCCAGUUUUUGGUUAAAUUCCGACCCUGAUUAGAGACUAAAGGCAGAGAGCGCUAAUGUGUGAGGGCUAUUAAUAUAUAUAUAUAUUUUUUUGGUGGCUUUAAGCCAUCUGAUCCACUAUGUAAUAGGUAACAUGUUUGUUUUUUUAAAUUGCUGUACUGUAGUUACAUCUUGAGCACACGCAGCCAGAGAUGGAUGUGAACUAGUUUCAGUAUAAGUUUGCUUUUCUUCAUUACGUCUUAUUAUUCUCAACACUGGCAUACAGAGUCAUCUGGCACACACACACACACACACACACACACACACACACACUACAGUUCAACAUUUAACCACAUUCCCUCAUUAUUAUUGUUCUGCAUCCUCUGGUUUUGAAGCAGUUGUCAAACCGUAUUGUUCAUUACAUUCCCUAAGUUAUCUUUGUUAAACGACUAACUGCAGGCCUGAUACUCUGAUACUUUGCUUAAUAAAAUGAGGUGGAGGAAAGCGAA